UUCCUCUAGAACUAAAAACGAAGACCCUAAAGGCUGUGCCAAUAUCUCAUAAUAUAAUUCAGAACACAAGGAGAUGGCAAUGCCUUUGCGAGCCCUGUUGGCCUCAAUUGUGCUCUUUCUCGUUAUCAUCGUUCUUCAGCUUCCUCACGUUGAUGCAGACACUAAUCCCUCAUGGAAACGAACCACUCACCACGUAGGAGGAGGCAGUACGGUUCCCCUCUUCCAGUCCCGGCCACGUUUUAAGCCGGGUCCUUGGAAGCCAGCUCAUGCCACUUUCUAUGAAGGAGGCUCUUCAACAUAUGGAGGAGCAUGUGGGUACGAGGAUGUAGUGAAAGAAGGGUAUGGAUUUGACACUGCGGCAUUGAGCCAAGUUCUGUACAACGAUGGACUCACGUGUGGUGCAUGCUUCGAAAUCCAAUGCGUGAACUCGCCAUGGUGCAAGCAUAUCAAACCUUCCAUUUUCGUGACGGCCACCGAUUAUUGCCCUCCCAAUUUCAACCUCGCGAGUAACAAUGGAGGAUGGUGCAACCCGCCACGCGAGCACUUCGACUUGGCCAAGCCUGCUUAUCUUGAUAUUGCCGAGUACCAAGGUGGCAUUGUCCCCAUCAACUAUCGCAGGGUGGCAUGCAAGAAGCAAGGAGGCAUUCGGUUCACCAUAACUGGGAAUCCGUACUUCUAUCUGGUGUCAGUGUGGAAUGUUGGAGGAGCAGGGGAUGUGGUGGGAGUGAAAGUGAAGGGAAGUGAGAAGGUGAAAUGGACAGUUUUGAACAGGAAUUGGGGUCAGAAGUGGGAGACCAAUGCCAUGUUACAGGGAGAGUCAUUGACCUUCCGUGUCAGAACAAGUGAUGGAAGGCACUCCACUUCGUGGCACGUCACUCCUGAGAAUUGGCAGUUUGGGAUGACCUACGAAGGCAAAAACUUCAAGUGAAUUCACUCCAAUUCCCUCCUUUCUCAACCACCAUGUGCCUUGGUUUGUAUAUAUUUGUUCUAUUUUCAAGUAUGUUGGCAGCUCCUUAGAGGCCGCGCAUCAAAUUAGAGCAGCUGAGAACGAGAACGAGCUUCCCCAGCCAGGUAGGUUAAGACUUGUAAGUUGUACCGGUUAGAUCAACGUCGAAAGCAAAUUUGUUCCUUUCCCCCUUUUAUGUUCCCCCUUUUAUAACUUUUGCUCAAUGAAAGAAUUUAAUCAA